AUGUCUGACGAAAAGGGUUUCUACACCCCUAUAGAGGUGGCUCCUUCGAGGAAGCAAUCGUGGCUCAAGAGGUUCGCAGCUGGAGCCAUUGGAGCCGCUGCAUCUCUCUAUCUUCUUAGUUCUGCUGCUCUGUACUUGAGUACUGAAAUCUCAGAGACCGAGGCUAAGAAGAUCAUUUUGGAUGCGCUUGAAACAAACUUGGCCGGAAACUGGUCCAAAAUAUAUACUGCUGAGCCUCAUUUGGCAGGAACCAACUUUGGCUUGGUGCAAUUCACCAGAGAUAAAUUUGAAGAGUACGGUUUGGAUGCUUCUAUCGAUACUUACGAGAUUUAUGUCAGUUACCCUAACGACCAUGACUUGAACUUAUUGGAUGCGAAAACUGAGGAAAUCUUGUACAAGGCUCCAUUAAAGGAAGACGUACUUAAAGAAGAUGAGACCACCCACGGAAAUGAUACUGUUCCUACCUUUUUGGCUUAUGCUGCUAAUGGUAAUGUUACUGGUCAAUAUGUCUACGCAAACUACGGUACCAAGAAGGACUUUGAACAGUUACAAGAAUGGGGCGUAGAUGUAAAGGGCAAGAUUGUCAUUGUCAGAUACGGUGCUAUUUUCCGUGGUUUGAAGGUGAAGUUUGCCCAAGAGAAUGGUGCCAUUGGUGUAUUGAUCUACUCUGAUCCUGGCGAUGACCAUGGAAUUACAGAGAAAAACGGCUACAAGCAGUAUCCCCACGGUCCUGCUAGACAAGAAAGCUCAGUACAAAGAGGUAGUGUACAAUUCUUAGGAGGAGUAGGUGCUACUCCUGGAGAUCCUACUACUCCUGGUUAUGCUUCUAAGCCUGGUGUAGAACGUAAAGACCCACACGCUAGUAUUGGUAAGAUUCCAGCCUUGCCAAUCUCAUACCGUGAAGUAAAGCCAAUCUUGGAAAAGUUGAACGGUGAAGGUCACCAUGCUAAGGAAGAUUCUUGGAUUGGUGAAUUAGAAGGCUUCAAGUACUAUACUGGCCCAAGCAAGAAUUAUACAUUGAACUUGUACAACGAUCAGAUCUACAACAUCUCCACUUUGUACAACGUCUAUGGUGAAAUUCCUGGCGAAAAGAGGGAUGAAGUUAUCAUAAUUGGUAACCACAGAGAUGCUUGGAUCAAGGGUGGUGCUGGAGACCCCAACUCCGGUUCUGCUACCAUCGUUGAAGUGGCUAGAGCUUUGGGUGAGUUGAAAAAAGCCGGUUACAAGUUCAAGAGAACUAUAGUCUUCCAAAGUUACGACGGUGAAGAAUACGGUCUUUUAGGCUCUACUGAGCAAGGUGAAUACUUUGCAGACAAGUACAAGCGUACUGUAGUUGCUUACUUGAACUUGGAUGCAUCCACUACAGGCAGUCACUUGAAGUUGGGUGCUUCUCCAUUGUUGAACAACAUCCUCAGAGAAGCUGCUAAGGAAUUGGAAUAUCCAGCCAAAGGUGUUGGCUCCUUGUACGAUCACUUUGUUCAGGAAACAGGUGACAACAUCAAGAACCUUGGAUCUGGUUCGGACUACACUGUCUUCUUGGAACAUUUAGGUAUCCCUUCUGUUGAUUUGGGUUUUGGCCAAGGAAAGGGUGACCCUAUCUACCAUUACCAUUCUAACUACGAUUCCUUCUACUGGAUUUCCGAGUUUGCCGACAAAGGUUUUGUCUACCAUAACUUGGCUGCUAAGUACUUGUCUCUCAUUGUUUUCGGCUUGGGUGAACGUGAAUUAAUCAACUUCAAGUUGACUGAUUACUCUAAGGACCUCAUCAAAUACUACAAUGAGACUAUUAAGGCAGUUCCAAAGAAGUGGUUCCACCAAGAAAUCUCGCAAGAGACCUGGGAUAAAUACUUGAACCAUGAUAUUGCUGAUAUCGAGUUUAUUUCUAAGGCUACUUCAAGAACUUACCUUCCAAGAAGAUGGUUCCCUUUCCCAGAGUUGUUGAACGUGAGAGACUGUAAAAUGAAGGGUCACUUGAUGUACGACUCCAAGCACCACAAGAAUGCUACUUUGGAGGACCUCCUUUUGAAGACUCUUGAAGAUAUUAACACUUUACAAAACAGUACUGUCUCAUUCGAUUUGAAGACCUUUGAUCUUCAAUCGCAACAUGAAAACAAAGAUGACUUGAACUUCUGGCAGAGAUUUAAAUUACAUUUCCAGAUCAAGGGCCACAAUAAGUUACUUCAAUAUUUCGAAAGAAACUUCUUAUACCACAAGGGCUUGUACGAGAGACCAUGGUUCAAACACAUUGUGUUUGCCAGUGGUAGAUUUACAGGUUACGAAGGCCAAACUUUCCCAGGGUUGAAGGAAGCUCUUGAAGAUGGCGAUUUUGAGAGAUUUGUUGAUUGGCUCGGUAUUGUGUCCAAGGCUAUCAGAAGAAUUAAUGCCGAGAUUGCAGUUAAAUGA